CCAAUCUCCAGUUCACAGAGCGUAAUCCAGUAUUGCAAUUGCUUUUGCCGAUAUAGAGGUUGUGAACUGUUUCAAGAUUUUAUAUGUGUUACAAUACUUUUAUUUAAAUACUUUCAUGUUUAUUUUUUAAUUGCCCGAAAUGUCAACCCCAGCACGAAGACGUCUUAUGAGAGAUUUUAAAAGAUUGCAGGAGGAUCCCCCUGCAGGAGUGAGUGGAGCACCAUCAGAAAACAACAUAAUGGUCUGGAAUGCCGUUAUUUUCGGCCCUGAAGGAACACCAUUUGAAGAUGGAACUUUCAAACUUACAAUAGAAUUCACAGAAGAAUAUCCAAAUAAGCCUCCAACAGUUAGAUUUGUUUCAAAGAUGUUUCAUCCAAAUGUCUAUGCAGAUGGUAGUAUAUGCCUGGAUAUAUUGCAAAACCGUUGGAGUCCGACAUAUGAUGUAUCAUCAAUCUUAACAUCUAUACAGUCUUUACUGGAUGAACCAAACCCCAACAGUCCAGCGAAUAGUCAGGCAGCACAGCUCUAUCAAGAGAACAAACGAGAAUAUGAAAAACGAGUGUCUGCAAUAGUUGAACAGAGCUGGCGAGACUGUUGACCAUAGUCAGUACAUAUGAACACUCACAGGUCAUGACGUUAAAAAAAAAAAAAAGACUAUCUAUCUAUAUAUAUAUAUAUAUAUAUAUAUAUAUAUAUAUAUAUAUAUAUAUAUAUAUACACAUAUAUAUAUCUGAAGUGUUUUUCGUCUUCUAUCUUUUGAUGUCAUUACAUUUACUGUGCAGAAAUCAGUACAGCUCUUGUACUGCCACCCUUUGACGCUUCCUCCGGACAUCUGAAAGUAACCACCUCAAAACAUUGUACUGCACCUGGGUUACUUGAUAAAAGUACUUAAUUAUCAUUUUUGGGGGUGGGGACAGACCUUGUCAGUCUGAGGGUGGCAUCUUGUGUUCAAGUUAUACUGUACAAUGUUUACAUUCUGUAAAACAUGUGUAAGGCAAGUAUAUCUUUUGCCACAAGUUUGUUCACUGUUUAGACUGGUGUAAGUACUCUUUUAAUAACAGUAUAUGCAUCUUCUAUUUGUUAACCAUGAAUUACUGUUAAUAUUGACUAAAGACUGAAUUGCUUGUUUUUAUUUUUUUCCUUCCCUUGCAUAAGACUGUUUAGAAUUUGCCUUCACUGAUGUUUAGAACCAUAUCUCUCCAAUACUGUUUAGAAAAGGGACUUGUUAACCAGUAAUGCACAUUUUCUUUGUCUAGAUUUCAAAGCUUAUACUGUUCAUCUUGUUGGAUGUAUGUGUAUGCAAAGAACUGUUUUUUUCCCAUUUACUUAGUUACAGGCUAGGCCAGCCUGUAGUUCCAUCAUUAAUUUUCUGUUCAUACUCAUAAUCCAGUUGAAUGGAAAGCAAGAAACUCACUGCACGUAUGCCUACAGGCAGUUUAAAGUCACCAUUAUACUUACAGCUUGCCCUGGCAGUCCUGGAGGAGACUGGAGAAAACUUGCAUUCAGGAAACACACUUAGAAGAUACUCCAGCUGUGAACCAAACUGGAGAAUAGAGCCCUGUGAAGCAGCAGUGAUUACCCUCUACAGUGCGAUCCUAGCCUAAAUUGCGAUGUCAGAGUUUUGCACAUUCAUUACACAAGAGUGUAAAAGUGCUUACAUUGUACAUUUUGAGACCUCUGUUCUGAUUAACAUUUGUCUUGCUAAAACAGCUUGGCAGAAUAGUGCAUUUUGUUGAAUUUACAGGUGUGUGGAAUUUUCCUGUUUGAAUAUGAAAUGUGAAAUGAAUAAACCCAACCUACAUUUUGACACAUUGAGCUCUGCUAUAAAGGGUACACUGUGUGUAUAAUUUAAAUAAAAAUAAUAUGAAAGCCCUUUUGCAGUGUUACACUGCCAAAACUUUUUUCGGUUUCUUUAACAAAAGUUAAAUGCAUGUAUAUUGGUAAUUUAUCAGAACAUUACUUGCUUUUUGUUUUGGUGUUUUAUUCCUUAAAUAGAAAACGUGACACUAGUUCAUCAGUUGUACAUUGUAACAGUUCCGUCCAGUUUAUGUAAGGCAGUAUACUGACAUUCCUUAAUGUAGUCAUGGAGGUGAAAGCACCAUUGUUACGCAGACUAAACAUGUCAUUUAUUGAGUUUGAAUUCAUAAUGCUUAAUUCAUUUGCACAGUAACACGUUAACUGAAAUGUCCUGAAACAGGCUGUUUGUAAGUCUGCAUUUGGUGGUAUUGAUUUUGAACUGUUGCUGAAAUGUCUUGCAGCAAACCUGUUGUUGAUAGAUGGUGUCUUCACUCUCAGAUUUACAUUUUUGUCUGAAUUAUUUUUCACAUUUCCCUAAAUUUAACUUAUUUUUUUUUCUCUUAAUGGCUGUUUUUCAAAGACCAAUUUAUUUUCCUUUCUUUUCAUUAUGUGAUGAUGGAUGAGCUCUGUAAAUGAAAGUGAUAAAGUGGUCUCUUUUUUUUUUUUGCACAGUUUUAAAAUGUUUUUUCACUAGUAACCGAUGUAAGAAAAUGUACAUUUUAUCACUAUGUGUAAAUAAUUAAAAAAUAACCAUAAUGUU